GUCUCGCGUAAAACCUUCACAGACGAGCAAUGAGCGCGUAGAUGACGGUCUGACGGAGAGCUGCUGAUGAAAAGGCGUGAUGUCAAGCCGCUGUCAGUUUCACAGGACUGUGGGAAUGUGCCGUGCGCUUGGCAAUACGCGCUCGUGAAUGACCAUCCUCCGGCGUUGACGGUGAAUUUUUGCUGCAUAGAUCAGUUACCUGAAGCCGCGGCGGCGUCCGUUCAUUCAUCGUCUCGCACGCGAGAAUUCUUCGAGGAAUUGUGAGAAAUUUAUUGAAUUGUGCUCUAGCUUUGAAGACUCAUCGUUCGCAUUCGGAUGUGGAUCUAUCUGUCAAAACUGAGCUGAACGCAGAGACAUUUUUAACUGCACGUUAGAGACCAUCCUCAGCUUUCUUCGGGAUUAUAGGAACAUGUGAAGACUCUGGUGUGGCACUGGAUUACAGAAUUAGCAUUCAGACUACAAGAACAAAGUCCUUCUUGAACUUUUCUAAAGUCUUUAUUUGCUAAACUGUCAGGUCCCUCAAACCAUGGGGGGACAGCGGGAUUCACAGAGGACUUUGAAACAAAGCCCUGGACAGGGUUUCACAUUGUCCUUUACAUGCUGGUUAUUAGUUUUAAUCUUGCCUGUAGUUUGCUGUGAACAGUCUUUUACAACAUUUUACCCUGAGCGACGAGAAUGGGCCUUCAACCACCUGACAGUUCACAAGACGACAGGGGCACUCUACAUUGGUGCCGUCAACCGUGUCUACAAGUUAUCAGGCAACCUAACACUAUUAGUAUCCCAUGAUACUGGUCCAGAAGAUGACAACAAGGCCUGUUACCCUCCACUUAUCGUUCAGCCUUGCUCUGAACCACUGGUUUCUACCAACAACAUCAACAAACUAUUACUCAUUGAUUACUCCCAGAAUCGACUGCUUGCCUGUGGAAGCCUCUACCAAGGUGUCUGCAAACUGCUACGGUUGGACGACCUCUUUAUCCUGGUGGAACCCUCACACAAAAAGGAGCACUACCUCUCCAGUGUCAACCAGACAGGCACAAUGUAUGGAGUCAUUGUGCCCUCACAGGGCAAAGAUGGAACCCUCUUCAUUGGUACUGCUGUAGAUGGGAAGCAAGACUACUUUCCAACAAUCUCCAGUCGAAAGCUUCCUCGUGACCCAGAGUCGUCAGCGAUGCUGGACUAUGAGCUUCACACUGACUUUGUUUCAUCCCUUAUCAAGAUUCCAUCUGACACACUGGCAUUGGUCUCUCAUUUUGACAUCUACUACAUUUAUGGCUUUGCUAGUGGUAAUUUUGUCUACUUUUUGACCGUUCAGCCAGAAACACCAGAGAACAGCAUGUCUUCCAGUGGACCCUCAAAUGACUUGUUUUACACCUCUCGAAUCGUCCGACUCUGCAAAGAUGACCACAAAUUCCACUCCUAUGUGUCUUUGCCUAUUGGUUGUGUUCGGAACAGGGUUGAAUAUCGCCUUCUGCAGGCAGCAUACCUGGGCAAGCCUGGGAGAGUGCUUGCGGCAUCCCUUAACAUCAGUGCUCAGGAUGAUGUGCUCUUUGCUGUCUUUUCUAAAGGACAGAAACAGUACCACCAUCCACCCGAUGACUCUGCCCUCUGCGUAUUUAGUAUUCGGGACAUCAAUGCACGGAUCAAGGAGCGCAUGCAGUCCUGCUAUCAGGGAGAGGGGAACUUGGAGCUCAACUGGCUGUUGGGAAAGGAUGUACCUUGUACCAAAGCGCCUGUCCCUAUUGAUGACUCCUUCUGCGGUUUGGACAUCAACCAGCCCCUUGGCGGUUCUCAACUGGUGACCGGGCACACACUUUAUACAGAAAGCCGGGAUCGCAUGACUUCGGUGACCUCCUAUGUCUAUAAUGGCUUCUGCGUGGCUUUUGUUGGCACCAAGAGUGGACGACUGAAAAAGAUUCGGGUUGAUGGUCCUCCUCAAGGCGGCGUCCAGUACGAAACUCUUUCUGUCAUCAAAGAUGGAAACUCGAUUCUUCGAGACAUGGCCUUUUCCCUGGACAACAGCUACAUCUACGUCAUGUCAGAGAGACAGGUGACGCGAGUGCCGAUCGAGUCCUGUGAGCAGUACAGCACAUGCGGAGAGUGUCUGAGUUCAGGAGAUCCACACUGCGGCUGGUGUGUCCUGCAUAACAUAUGUUCUCAAAGAGAUCGUUGUGAGCGGGCAAACGAGCCGUACCGCUUCGCCGCCACGCUGAACCAGUGUGUGAAAGCUACAGUGUACCCAGACAGCAUCGCUGUGUCUGAACCCAGCGUACCGCUGCUUGUGAAAGUGACAGAUGUUCCGGAUCUUUCCGCUGGAAUAACCUGCUCCUUUGGGAACCUGACGGAGGUUGAGGGCCGAGUAAAUGGCAAUCAGAUUCUCUGCAUUUCUCCGGCUGCUAAAGAUGUUCCCAUCAUCCCCGCUGAUCAAGACUGGUCAGGUGUGGAGCUCAGGCUGAACUCCAAGGAAACGGGUCAGAUGCUAAUUAGCACUGAGGUGAAGUUCUACAACUGCAGCGUACACCAGCUGUGUCUUUCCUGUGUGACCAGUUCCUUUCGCUGCCACUGGUGCAAGUACAGGAACCUCUGCACACAUGACCCCUCCAGCUGCUCCUUCCAGGAGGGACGAGUCAACGCCUCAGAGGACUGCCCUCAACUGGUGCGCUCUGAGGAGAUCCUGAUCCCAGCAGGAGAGGUGAAACCCAUCACCCUGAAAGCCCGGAACCUUCCACAACCUCAGUCAGGGCAGCGCGGAUAUGAGUGUGUGUUACACAUUCAAGGAGUCAGUCACAGAGUCACGGCGCUCAGAUUCAACAGCUCCAGCGUGCAGUGCCAGAACAGCUCGUAUCUGUAUGAAGGCAUGAGAAUUAGUGAGCUGCCUGUGGAUUUCUCAGUUGUCUGGAAUGGAAACUUCAUCAUUGACAAUCCUGAGAACAUCAAAGUGCACCUGUACAAAUGUGGCGCUCAGCGGGACAGCUGCGGUGUGUGUUUGAAGGCCGAGAGGAAAUUUCAGUGUGGGUGGUGCAGUAUGGAGGGCCGAUGUACCCUGCGCCAGCACUGUCCCAUGACCAACCCCUACACCAGCCGCUGGCUACACCUCGCCAGCACCAACGUCAAGUGCACCAACCCUCGAAUCACUGAGGUAACCCCAGUGGCCGGACCACCAGAAGGGGGCACCAGAGUGACCAUCCGUGGUGUAAAUCUGGGCCUGUCCUUCUCAGACAUGGUGAACAACGUGCAGGUGGCAGGAGUCCAGUGUACACCACAGGAGAACGGCUACAUCAUCGCUGAACAGAUUGUAUGUGAAAUGGAUGCAGCUCCAGUGGACAGUAAAGCCGGACCGGUCCAUUUGUGUGUAGGGGAGUGUAAACCAGAGCUCCAGACUCGCUCUUCUCAGCUUUAUUCCUUUGUGAUGCCAUCGGUCACAGGUUUGUCUCCCAGUCGUGGUCCGGAAUCUGGAGGAACCAAAGUGACCAUAAUGGGGGAAAACCUGGGAGCAGGCAGCAGUGUCACUGUACUUUUUGGGAACCAGACCUGCGAGUUUUACGAACGAACUAUGACGGAGAUUGUGUGUUACUCUGCACCAUCUCUGACGGGUGUGGGUUCGGUUCAGAUCAGCGUGAGUGUGGAUCGCGCCCAAGUUCGAGACAUCCUGGCUUUUGAGUAUAUAGACGACCCCACCGUUCAGCGCAUCGAGCCGGAAUGGAGCAUCGCAAGCGGACACACACCUCUGGUGGUGACCGGGACAAACUUGGAUGUGAUACAGGAGCCGAGGAUUCGGAUCAAGUACGGCGGGCGGGAAUCCGUAAAUGUGUGUAAAGUUCUUAACACCACCACUAUGAGCUGUUUCGCUCCCUCUCUGACGGCUGAGUACAGGCCUGGAUUGGACUCAGUCAAACAUGCGGACGAGUUUGGCUUCAUUUUCAACAAUGUCCAGGCUCUUCUGGUGUACAACAACACUAACUUCAUGUACUAUCCAAAUCCUUUCUUUGAGCCGCUCAGCACCAAUGGCGUACUGGAGCAGAAACCUGGCUCACCUAUCAUUUUAAAGGGUAAGAAUCUGGUUCCUUCAGCCACUGGAGGAGUGAAGCUCAAUUACACUGUUCUGAUUGGGGAGACUCCCUGUUCAGUCACUGUAUCUGAGUCUCAACUGCUGUGCGAACCGCCAAAUCUGACUGGACAGUACAAAAUCAUGGUGCAGGUCGGUGGUCUGCACGUGUCUCCUGGCUCAGUAAACAUCCUCUCCGACAGCCUUCUUACUCUUCCUGCCAUCGUGAGCAUCGCGGCCGGUGGAGGCCUUCUCCUCAUCAUCGUCAUCCUUGUUCUCAUUGCCUACAAGCGUAAAUCCCGCGAGAACGACCUCACGCUCAAGCGCCUCCAAAUGCAGAUGGACAACCUGGAGUCCAGGGUUGCACUGGAGUGCAAGGAAGCUUUUGCAGAACUGCAGACAGAUAUCAACGAGUUGACAAGUGAUCUUGACCGAGCUGGUAUUCCCUAUCUGGAUUACCGCACAUAUGCCAUGAGAGUAUUAUUCCCCGGCAUCGAGGACCAUCCUGUGCUCAGAGAGCUGGAGGUCUCUGGUAACGGGCAGCUGUGUGUGGAAAAAGCUCUGAAGCUGUUCGCCCAGCUGAUAAACAACAAGGUGUUUUUGCUGACGUUCAUCCGUACGCUGGAAAUGCAGCGUUCGUUCUCCAUGCGUGAUCGCGGUAACGUGGCAUCGCUCAUCAUGACGGCUCUACAGGGUCGACUGGAAUACGCCACGGAUGUGCUCAAACACCUGCUGUCCGACCUCAUCGACAAGAACCUGGAGAGUAAAAACCAUCCCAAACUACUGCUCAGGAGAACGGAGUCUGUUGCUGAGAAGAUGCUAACCAACUGGUUUGCUUUCUUACUGCACAAGUUCCUGAAGGAGUGUGCAGGUGAGCCGCUCUUCAUGCUGUACUGUGCCAUAAAACAGCAGAUGGAAAAAGGCCCAAUAGACGCCAUCACCGGAGAGGCCCGAUACUCCCUCAGCGAAGACAAACUCAUCCGACAGCAGAUCGACUACAAGACGCUGAUUUUAAACUGCGUCAACCCAGAGAACGAGAACAGCCCGGAGAUCCCGGUCAAAGUUUUGAACUGUGACACCAUCACACAAGUCAAGGAAAAGAUUCUGGACGCCGUGUAUAAAAACAUGCCGUAUUCACAGAGACCCAAAGCUGUGGACAUGGAUCUGGAGUGGCGUCAGGGACGGAUGGCCCGCGUUGUCCUGCAGGAUGAAGACAUCACCACCAAGAUUGAAAAUGAUUGGAAGAGGCUCAACACUCUCAUGCACUAUCAGGUGUCCGACCGCUGUGUGGUGGCUUUGGUGCCCAAGCAGACGUCCUCCUACAACAUUCCACCCACAACUAGCAUCUCCCGGACAUCUAUCAGUAGAUACGAUUCAACAUUCCGGUACACGGGCAGUCCGGACAGCCUGCGCUCUCGAGCUCCUAUGAUUACUCCAGAUCUGGAGAGCGGAGUCAAAGUCUGGCAUCUGGUGAAGAACCAUGAGCAUGGAGACCAAAAGGAAGGCGACCGCGGCAGCAAGAUGGUAUCUGAGAUCUACCUCACCCGCCUGCUAGCUACUAAGGGUACGCUACAGAAAUUCGUGGAUGACUUGUUUGAGACUCUUUUCAGUACAGUGCACAGAGGCAGUGCGCUUCCUUUAGCUAUUAAAUAUAUGUUUGACUUCCUGGACGAGCAAGCGGACAAGCAUGGCAUCCAUGACACUGACGUCCGCCACACCUGGAAAAGCAACUGCCUUCCUCUGCGCUUCUGGGUGAAUGUGAUCAAGAAUCCCCAGUUUGUUUUUGACAUCCAUAAGAGCAGCAUCACAGACGCAUGUCUUUCUGUAGUGGCUCAAACUUUCAUGGACUCCUGCUCCACAUCUGAACACAGACUGGGCAAAGAUUCGCCCUCUAAUAAGCUGCUUUAUGCUAAAGAUAUCCCCAACUACAAGAACUGGGUAGAAAGGUACUACGCUGACAUCAGCAGGCUGCCAGCCAUCUCUGAUCAAGACAUGAAUGCGUAUUUGGCGGAACAGGCCAGACUUCACUCCAGCGAGUUUAACAUGCUCAGUGCCCUCAACGAGAUUUACUCCUACAUUAGCAAGUACAGCGAAGAGAUCACCGCUGCACUGGAUCAGGACGAGACGGCCAAGAAACAACGAUUGGCCUAUAAAGUGGAGCAGCUCAUUGCCGCCAUGUCGCUGGAGAGCUGAGA